CUAGAAAUAGUAGAAUUCGUUAACAUUGUAUGCCUAUGCGGCCUGGUCAGUAUGUUUGGAACGGUGGCUAAUAUAAUUAACCUAAUUGUGUUUUAUCGUCAAGGUUUGAAUACGACAAUUAAUAUCAGUUUCUUUGCUUUAGCUGUUUCUGAUCUCUC